CGCUCGCACCUAGGUCGGACGAUCGAUGUGUCUACCCAUGAGAGUCUCUGGUUAGCUCCCGGCGACAGCAAGUAUAUACCCAUCCGGACCUCGGAACAGGACCUCGAGUCUAUAGAGGUGUGGGUCAGUCGAGGGGACCGCUGGGUGACUCUAGUGGUGUUUAGUGUCAAACGAGUUCCAGUCGCCGUCCGAGUGGUGAAUAUCUCCCGAAAACCAGCCCAGUUCUUAGUCUACGAGAACACCAGGUCUCCUGCGGCGGAGCGCCGCUUGGACGCGGAAACCCGGGAACUCGAGCGGAUCACACCGCCCAUGGUGGACCGCCCGACGUACCCGACACCAACUCGCGUCCUCAGGCGGACUCCGGAGACCCGGGCCGUUGCACCCGGAGUCCCGGAAGCCCAACCAAUCCCGCGGUCUCCGGAGCCAUCGGGGGGCAAGCAGUCAAGGAAGUCGGCUCCGGAUUCCCCGUUCGGAAGCCGCUCCAAGCCCAACGACCUCCCGACUGCACCCGCCCCUGCACCCAGUGCCGACCGCGUCAUGGUCGUCUCAAGUACAGUCCCAGGAUCCGCUGACCCCGGGCCCCAGGUCUCGAGGAGCGAGUCCUCGGACCACGACGCCCAGGUUUCCUCGAGAGUUGAGCCCGCUCCAGCGAUCACGGCCCCUCUGGGACCCGUCCCGGAGUCUCCCAAGUGCGCGCCCAUGGACCCCCAAGUAGCAUUGGCCCGGUCGUUCGUAAUGGUAGCGAUGGCUGGGGAAACUCUCGACGCGGAGCCCGCAGUCUAUUAUCACCAAGGUUCUGAGUUCGUGAUUUUAGACAUGCUCAAGAACCAACUGGCGUAUCUCCCCGACCUCAGCGAUCUCCGGCCUGAGGCCAACAUCGAGGAUGCGAUCGUCGGUGAGCCCGGGGAGUCGGACCCCGACGAGGAGGAGCGGCUCCGGGCCGUCCUCCGGAAGCAUCGUAUGAUUUUUUUGGGAGAAGGGAAUGCACUUCCUCCCCCGCCCGGGGAGUAG